AUGCGCCUCGACAUGCUUGUUACUCCUGCCUUGGGGCUUUUAGGUUUUACCACAACCGUUUCUGCAUUUCAACGACCGUUGCCCUUGGUCCGACGUUCUGAUGUUACAGAUGGCGGCCAUAAACCUGAAUAUGCCUCUAUUCCCAUUGAUCACAAUGAUACUUCUGUUGGCACCUACAAAAAUCGCUACUGGGUGAACGAGGAGCACUAUACUGCAGGAGGCCCGGUUUUUGUUAUUGCUUCUGGAGAAUCUUCCGGCCAGGGUAUAGCAGACCAUCUGGUAUUCAAUUCGUCGGGCUCGUUCGGUCAUCUUCUGAAGGAGUUCCACGGCAUGGGACUUGUAUGGGAACAUCGGUACUAUGGAGACUCCUUUCCGUUUCCUAUCCAGCAAGACCCUGCGCCAGAGCAUAUGAAAUAUCUUACCGUGAGCCAAGCUCUGGCCGAUCUUCCUCAUUUCGCAAAGACCUUUAGCAGGAAUAAUUUGAACAACAUCGAUUUGACCCCAAAAAAGACCCCGUGGAUUAUGAUCGGUGGAUCUUAUUCUGGCAUGCUUGCUGCAUUUACUCGCAAUGAAUAUCCGGACACGAUCUUUGCUUCAUUCGCAUCUUCUGCACCGGUUCAGGCUCGUAUCGACAUGUCUGCGUACUUCGAACCGAUCUACCGUGGAAUGGUAGCCGACGGGCUGGAGGCUUGCACCAAGGACGUUCACGCUGCCAUGGAAUACAUUGACGAGCAACUGUCGAAUGAUGAAACUGCCGCCUCUAUCAAGCAACUAUUCCUUGGCCCUGAGGCCGAAAAGAACAGCAAUGGGGAUUUCGCCGACGCGUUGAGUUACUUUUAUUAUGGAUUCCAGAGCAUCGGGGUUCAAGACCACCCGUUCGGUAUUAAGGCUUGGUGCACGUACUUGGAAACGGACCCUGACACGAACCAGACGGCAGGUCCAGAAGGCAUGGCACCAUCUCGUGGCGGCAAGUAUGUGGCUGAACGACUUGCCUCGUGGCCUAAUUUCGUCUCACUAGUCAACGACGCCGAUGAUGAGAUGAAUUGCAAGGGCAUCGACGAAACGAAACCUCUUUCCUGCGACCUGGGAAAGCCGGCGGUGGAGCCUCUCCUUAUCAGCUGGUACUGGCAGUAUUGCACCGAGCUUGGAUAUUAUCAGACCAGCAAUGUCGGUCCUCAUCAGCUAAUGCCCAAGUAUAAUGACGUGGAAUAUCAACAGGAAGUCUGCAACCGCCAAUUCCCCACCGCUGUCAAGAGUGGCCAAUUCCCAUCCAAGCCACAGGUCGAUGCUGUGAACGCGGAGCACGGCGGCUGGACCAUCCGCCCAUCGAAUGUGUACUGGACUGAAGGGGAGUUUGACCCAUGGCGGACUUUGAGUCCCUUUUCGACGGAGGACUUCGCGCCCGAGGGUGUAAAGUACACCACCGACAUUCCCAAGUGCGGAGUACACACUACCCAGGACACACUAUUUGGAUAUAUCCUAGAAGGUAAGGAGCAUGUCGCCGAUGUCGGUAUUGGUGGAACAGUCGACAGCACCACCGAGACAUCUUGGAACAUUUUCAAGGCUGCCUUGCACGAGUGGCUCCCUUGUUUUGAAGGCCAGAAGAAGGGUGAUCCUACUUGA